AUGCGAGCUCUAGCCCUUUUGAUCAGUUGUCUGGUGGCGGUGGGAUUUGCCCACAAUUCCACAUCUGAUGAACAUACUGAAGGGCAAAAGUACCAUGGAGAAAGCCUGGCCUGGACACCAUGCCCCGUCAGUCCUACUUUAGAUGGGGACCACCAACUCGAAUGCAGCAAUCUGGUGGUUCCCAUGGAUCAGUUCAACGCAAGCAAUAAUGGCUUCAACAACGAGAAGCAUUUCAACAUCUCCCUCAUUCGACUAAGAGGCAAAAAUGCCACAGCCAACGGCAAUAUCAACAUCCUUCUCAACCCAGGCGGGCCAGGAGGCAGCGGUAUGAGUUUAAUGUACCGUUGGGGUGUGGAUAUCAGCCAAGUCGUGGGCGAGAACUUCAACUUGCUUAGCUUUGAUCCACGGGGUGUCAACGCAUCUACGCCAUAUGUCAAGUGCUAUCCGACCCCUGGCAACAAAACGCAGGCUUCACAGAACUCUUGGACUGGAACAGACCCCUACAACCUGACCGAGUCCAGUGGAAAUUGGUGGGCUUCAAGUAUCAUCUACAGCCAGGCUUGCAAACAGACCAUGGGCGAACACGGAGAGUACAUUAACACACCUCAAACCGCAGCAGAUAUGAAUAGCAUUUUGGAUGCUGUCGGUCAGGAGGAUUUGUACUACUGGGGCUUCAGCUACGGCACCAUACUGGGUCAAACCUACGCCACGAUGUAUCCAGAACGGGCAAGAAGGGUCAUCAUCGAUGGCGUGGCCAAUGAGUUUGACUGGUUUACAAACUGGUCCGACAGAGAAUCCAAUGACGACACGGAUAAGGUGUUUGAAGGCUUCGUGGAUGAGUGCAUCAAGGCAGGCAAUCAGACCUGUCCACUGGCUCAGCUGGCAGAAACAAAAGAAGAGCUAACCGAGAAGUUGAUCUCUACUAUUUGGGCCCUGAGGGAGGAGCCAGCCCCCGUCUACGUUAAUAACACUGUUAGCGGUCUUGUCGGCUUCUCAGACGUAUGGAACAACGCCGUCUUCAACGCUUUGUACAGCCCCUUGCGCUGGGCUCCCCUGGCCGCGGCCCUGACUCCGCUUGUACAAACUGGAAACGCGACUGCCUUUUUCCUUCACUACAUGUUGCCGUCAACCGCAGAGUCAUACAAUGACUACGAUGAAGGAGACGCCAAUGACUAUAUCCGGUACAACGACGGUGUCUCCGGACCUGCACUGUCACCUGCGACUCCAGAGGAGCUGAUUCCCGCCAUUCUCGAGGCGAGCAACAACACAAUUUUCGGGAGUCAAGAGUGGCCUGGCUACUUCAACAGACGGUCAUGGGCAGUUCGCAAGACAAUUGACUUUGUUCCUGAGCGAGGAGUCAGAACAGCUCAUCCGUUGUUGAUUCUGUCGACGACGUAUGACCCUGUUUGUCCGCUUAUUUCGGCGCGUUCGGCAAAUGAUGCUUUUGUUGGGUCAAGGCUGGUAGAGGUUCAGGGGUAUGGUCAUUGCUCGUUGGCGGUUCCUUCUAAUUGUGUCAAUGACAUUGUUAGACAGUACUUUGUGGAGGGGGUUCUUCCGGAGAGUAAUGUUGUUUGUGGACCAAAGCUGCCUUUGCCGUAUUUCCCGGCAGAAAACUCCACCACUGGGGCGACAUCUCCAGUACACACGACAGGGCAGGCUUACUGA